CCACAGAUAACAGAGAGAGAGCUGAAGCCCGGUGGAGCCAACAUCCCUGUGUCAGAGAAGAACAAGAAGGAAUACAUCGAGCGGAUGGUGAAGUGGAGGAUAGAGAGAGGGGUGGUGCAGCAGACUGAGAGUCUUGUCAGAGGCUUCUAUGAGGUGGUGGAUGCCAGGUUGGUGUCAGUGUUUGAUGCCAGGGAGCUGGAGCUAGUGAUCGCCGGCACUGCUGAGAUCGAUUUAUCAGACUGGAGGAACAACACGGAGUACAGAGGAGGUUACCAUGACAACCACAUCGUGAUCCGGUGGUUCUGGGCGGCGGUGGAGAGGUUCAACAAUGAACAGAGACUGCGACUUCUGCAGUUUGUCACCGGGACGUCCAGUAUUCCCUACGAAGGCUUUGCGUCUCUGCGAGGCAGCAACGGCCCCCGCAGGUUCUGUGUGGAGAAGUGGGGGAAGGUCACCUCGCUGCCCAGAGCUCAUACUUGUUUCAACCGGCUGGACCUGCCACCGUACCCGUCCUUCUCGAUGCUGUUUGAGAAGAUGCUGACCGCCGUGGAGGAGACGAGCACCUUCGGGCUGGAAUGAGACCCUCAACUUCCCACCUACCCAACUCUCAACUUCCCUUAAGACAGCUGUUGGUUGUGGAAGGAAGAAGCCACAUAGAACAGCUGCUGGAAAAAAGGUGUUAAAAUCUGGGUUUAGAAUCCAGUUAAUGGUUUAAGUUUAAUUUAUAGCGGGCUAUGUUUUAUAAGAGAAGACUUUUGAUCCAUGAAGUGACUCUGACUUGUGUCAUGUAAUCAUGUUUUUAUUGCCCCUGCACGUAUUUCGCACCUGCUUAGUAACACACAUGCUGGGAUGAAUUAAAAGACCCACUCUGCCUUCUGGGACGGGGAUCGAAACUGCCAGGAUUUGACCAAAAUCUGAGACGAGGAUGUCUUUUUUUUUCACUUCCUCAUUGAUACCGUGUACAAAUGUGCAAAUCACCUGAAGCAACCACUGCCUUCACUGCAGAAGCUGAGCGGAUUCAGCCUCUUUUAUUUUACUUUUCUCGGACCUUGAAGGAUUGCUUGGCCUGUCCAGAGCUGUCAGUGAUGGAUUUGUUGUAGUGUGGCGUCGUCGUGUGGCACAUUGAAAGAACUGCACUCAUGCAGACGGUGCUUUUUUCCUUUCUUUUUGAGAGCCUUUGAGAAAAAGGCAGUUACCUGUCUGAGGUUUUUGCUACAGUUUAUGGGAUUUUUCCAGUGAACUUUACCCACAGCUGAUUUUGGAGUCCAAACUGAAGCUUUGGUAUCGUCGUUACAGUAUUUUCAUUGAAAAGAAAAAGUGAUUUUCUAAUGACGUGUGGCAGUGACAUGUUGUGAUUUGAAUGUAACUAACAUUAAGAUGUAGAUUGUGUGGGGAGGGAUCUUUUUAUUUUUUACCAGAUCUGGAUCAACUGGAUGAAAGAACAAUAUCAAGCCAGCACUUAUUGAGUUAAUAAGUCAAUGAUUAGAUUCAGUAACAUUCAGCAUUUAACCAUCUUCAUUUACUUUGAGAUUGAUUUGAAACAAGCUUUGAUCCAAGUCUAUUUUCUACAAUGUGUUGAAACUAACCCCAUUUCAUGAUUUAUAGAUUGAAAGAAACUUGUAUGGUCAAAUACACAAAGCAAAUUAAAUCAUUCCAUCAGCAGUAGGGAGUCUAGAAAAUGUCACAUGGGGCGUCAAGAGGUGGCAUGGGAGGGUGAUGGGUGGGGGUCUCUAUAUAGUACCCUAAAGUGAAUUAUAGAGCAUUCUGAAGAUGCUAAAAUCAAAGUUGUGCAUCUACACAAGUAGCAUGGCUGAAAAUGAGGGGGUUAAUGCAUUAGUUCAGUUGCAGCAAGGACGAUAAUGCUCGGCUGGCUUUACGAUAAUUCACCAGUUUUGUCUAUUUCUGUGCUUAGGGACAAAGUGCAGAGUUGAAAUUCAAUAUUCUACCAUAACAGCUGGGUGAGGCACAAAGAUUGGGGAGCCAGGCCCAAUAGCAGUGAGCUGGCAGCUGCUAGUGCCUCCCAGUGCUGACCUCUGGAUCUGACCGUGCCACCCAACCACUCACACACCAGUCAGAAGCUCUUCUAUAACUGCUGGUGCCAGCUCAUGUGAUUAAAGAAGUCAGAUUUAUUACAUACUCAAAAAAAAGACUUGACAUCUGCUAAUGUAUAAACUGGCAUCAAAAAAAAUCUUCUGCAUAUUUGUUCUCAUGAGAAGAAUUCAUUUUCUUUUCAUUGUUUCAUUAUUAUUAUUAUUAUUAUUAGCUUGUUAUCACAUUUGCACACUAUGAUUACAUUCUUCACGGAAGCUCCAACUCCUUGUGUUUUCUUUUCUCUCUCUCUCUCUCUCCUCGUGAUGUUGACCACUUGUGUGUUUGUUCCACUGACUCUCAUCACACGUUCUGUAUGUAAAGGCUGUAAAACCUCACUUUGUUAUCAUUUCGAUGGUGAAUGAAGUUAAUAGUGUAUAAAUGUAAACACAACCAGGUUGUUUAGUGGAGGUCACGUGAAGAGCUCGGAGUGUGCACCCAAUGAAAAACACAUACUGUCAUUUUGUAUAAAAGUCAUCUGAAGGAGCUUGCAGUGAAUCUUUUUUCUCUUUUGUACUUUGAGAUACUCGUCACUGCCCUCCUCUGUCACAUUCCACCCUGCACUAUGAAUGUAAGCACGCCUCGAACUGCCUCUCCGCACCACAACUGUUCAACCACGCUCAGGCCUGCAACAGUGAGAGGUCCACUGCUGAGGUGCUGAGCUAGAAUGAAGCCUUCUUAAUGCCUCAUGUUAUACACAAGGUAAUGAGGAAGCCCAUUUCUGAGGAAAAAAAAAAAAAAAUCUCAUGCUUUUGAUUCAAAACAAAUUAUCUCAUAAUUUUAUGUCUUAAUAUGACAGAUUUGCCUAAUUCAUUGAUAAUGUGACCUAAUCAUGACGUCCUUGUUUCUCAUUUUGACUUUGUCUCUUACAUUGUAUUAUCUUAGUAUAAGACCUGGUCUUAUCGUGGGCAUAUUUAAAUCUUUCUUGCUUUCUCUUCAUGUCCUGGUGGAAAUUGGCUUCUAUAAGACAAAGUCACCACACACAGUCAGUAACUUUGCCUUUUCAGGAGUGCAAAUUUAUUUAUUUUUAAUUACACAGUACACUUUGUGCAAAACCAGUUAAGUUUCACAUGUGAAUUCAGCUCAGUUGGAUAAAAUUGAUCCAUUCUAACAAUAAAAUAAGAGUUAAAGGAUUUCCCUCACUGAAUGCACUGCCCUCUGUCUAUCUAACCAAAGCUGUGAGCCUUAACCGGCUGACUCACAUUCAACGCUCUUAUCUUUCUGUACAGUCCACCUCACUUUUAAAUAUGAAUGUUUGACAGCAGUCCUCUCCUAAAAUAAAAUCUCAUCUCUC